AUGGCGGCCUCUUCCUAUCUGCUGGAGCUGGACGAGCGACGAGAACGGCUCCUGGCUGAGGUCGUGGACCACCUUGGUGUUCCAUCGGGCUCUGCAGAGCAUGAAGUGGCCCUGUCGUUCGCGGCGAGCUCCCUGGCACAUCAUGACCACAUGGACGCCGAGAGCAACAAGGUUGAGGCAGCAAUCUGCAGCUUCGCCGAGAAGUUUGUGAUGCACGGCAAGACCGUGAACGCAACGCGGUUGCUCCUGCUAGCCUCUAGCCUAACCGGCAAGCCCAUGAGGGUGGAGGGCCACCGCAUGGAUACGGGCGGCGUCAACAAAACGGCGGCGGCUUCGCCGCCGCUGGAGCACCCUUACGCCGCGCUCGCUCUCGCUCUAGCCCUCUCGGGCUCGCAAAGGUGGGCUGCCGCAAGGGAGGCGGAGGUGGAGGGAGACGAGAAGGAAGGGGACACUCCAGAUGCCGAGAGCGUCGAGGGUGGUGGUGGUGGUGGUGGUGGUGGUGGUGGUGGCGGCGGCCGACCAGCUCGGGACGAAGAGGAGGGGGAGGAGCGGCAGGGCGCAGCCGAGCUUCUCGCCGGUUUCGAGGGCGAUUCGUCCCGGCUGUGGAGCAGCGACAGCGACGAGGGCAGCGAGCUAGAGGGUGGACCGGAAGAGCAGGAGGAGGAGGAGGACGGCGUCGGGUCGUUUUCGUCGGCGCUACCGGUGGUCGAGGAUGUCGACGAGGGGGGGACACGAGAGUGGCUGCAGGCGUUUGAGGAUGACGGCGAAGGCAGUCCGCGUGCCGCUGGCUACACCGCUGGCGAAAUCGAAGCGGAACGCUCCGGUCGUUGGGGCAAGGUCGAGAACAACGGCGCUAGCACUCAACUUGUCGAGCCGCUGGCUCCCUCCUAUCCACCCUCUUCUUCUCCAAACACGGGGGUCGACAGCAAGAACCUCGCCCGGCGUGCCUCGCACCCCCCCGCCGCUCGUCACAACUACGGAUCCCCUUGCAUCGGAGCCGAUAUUCGGAGCCUCGGCGGUCGCCGCGGUGCCCACGACGGGGAUGUCCAUGGUUCAUCGUUCCUGCGGCCUUGCCAAACGCUGGAAGCGUGCCAGACCCGGGGGGGGAAGGCGGUCGGGAGGCGGCGUCGCAGCAUCCCGGAGGCCGAGGUGGUCCGAGCAGCGCUGCACAUGCUGGCGGGGCUUUCGGGAGACAUCUUCGUGCGACGGGUUAGAGGCGACGCGUCGGACACCAGAGGCGAGCAGCUGUCGCAGCAAGAACGCCACCGUGCUGUCGGGGCGAGGGGCACCGGCGGUGGAGGGAGAACAGGCGGGGGGAGCAGGGGGCCCGGCGACCGGUGGGAUGUCGUCUCCGGCAGCGCGAGGGCGCGGCGGGGUCAAGAAUGGUUUUCUUUGAGCGAGUCGGCGGCGAGCGACCUCGCGGUGGCCAGCCUGUCCCCGGAGGCCCUCGCGGGCGUUCUCGGAGACCUCGUGCGGGUGGGCAGCACGGUGGAGUACCUGCGGGCCUUCGUCACCGACGCCGAAGGGUCGGCAUCGGUCGCAGCGGAGGCGGCGGCGGCGGUUCUCCGCCAACGCGUUCCCCGUGGACAUGGGGAAGGACGAGACACUGCCGUCGAGCACGACAGCAGCAGCACCAGCAGCGGCAGCGGGGAGACAAUCGUGGGUCUUCUCUCUCUGCUGCGACCGGAGGCUGAGAGCCUCGAACUCACCCGACAGCUGGUCGAGGACGGGGCCGGCUGGUGGGUCGCGACCCCUCCGGAAGAAGAAGAAGAAGGUGAAUGGCCGCAGAAUCGGCGGCGGCGGCGAACGGGUGCCGAGAGGCACGUGGGCGGUGGCAGCGGCGCGGGUCUGCACGAGCGGACGGGGCGGCUCCUCUCGGUGCUGCACGACGCCCUGGUGUCGAGCGCGCUCGUAGGAAUCGGGCCAACCCCGCCAGAGAAGUCCCGCGGGGUCGGCGACACGGCAGCGCGGGCGCCUCGGCGACGCGGCUGGCUCUUGCACAUGUUCUGCGAGGUUCUUGCCCCGUACCUUCGUCUUGUUGACUCCUGGAUAACCGAGGGGCGACUUUUAGACCCCCACGGGGAGCUUUUCUUCUCCCGGAUCGGCGGCGGCGGUGGUGCCGAAGGGCACGGCCGCGCUGCCGCCGCCGCCGCCGCCGCCGCCGACAAUAUUGGUGGUCACAAUCGCCAAGCGACAGCUGUUGGUCGUGACCCUGUGGUGCACGUGUGGGACACGGGGAUCGUGCUUCACUCGAAGGCCUUGCCGCCGUUCCUCGCGCCCCUGGCGCCCGCGGUGGCCCUGGCGGGACAAGACAUCUCGCUGAUGCGGAGGGUGAGGGCGCUCGUCGGGGGUGGUAGCUCUUCACCCGCCUCCCUCGGCGGCAGCAGCAGCAAAGACGCCGGCGGCUCCCGUCGUCCCGGGCCACCCCCGCCUCCUUCACGGAAAGCGAGGACGGGGGCGAUGGCGUCCCCGGGGAGCGAGACCUUUUCGCUAGCGGAAACCCUCUCGGAAUCUCUCCGUCGGCUUGCGGAACGCGUGCGGCGAGCAAACGACGCCGGCCCGUCGAGGAAGAAGGAUCAAGACGAUGGCGCCGGAUGCACGGGAAGAGGCGACCGCCGUUCCGGUGGUGGAGGUGGCGGUGGCGGCGAUGCUGCUGCUGCCACCGCUGCUGUUUCUCCGGUGUCCUCGUCGGGGCUGGAUGGGAUCAUCGACCUCGAGGAGAGCCGCGAGGGAGCGAAGCAAGAUGACGAGCUCGGUUUCUUCGGAGGGACGGCGCAGCUGGCCCUGAAGCCGGGCGCGAUGUUUCAGCGUCCGCUGCACCCUUCCCUCGCCCCUCCCUCGCCCCCAUCCACACGAGGACCGUCGCCGGCCGUCGGGGGACGGAGGAUAGCAUCCUGCUUCAUCGCGGGUAUGAGCCGCCGCGGCCGCGGGGGUGGUAGCAGCGACGUGCGCGGGGCGGGGGGGUACCCUGGUGGUGGUGGCGGAGAAGAAGACGAAGCGACCAUGGAAGACGAGGUCGCGAAAGCGCUCCCGCCGACGAUGGUCCUGGAGACAUGCCUCCUGGGGGCCCUCCGGGAACACUGCCGGCUGGCCAGCUCGAGCUGCUUGUCUGUGUUCGCGGACGAGCUAGGCAUUGUCAGCAUUGCAGGCGUGCUGAGGGACGUCUACCUUUCUCCCGGCGGGGCCAAGACCGACGCCCCGCUUUCACGCUUCCGCGGGGUGCUGUUCGGUCUCCUGGGGGCGUUGCCUCUAACCACGGCCGCGGGGGGAGGAGACGGGGGCGGCUCUUCGCCAGCUGGUCUGUUGAUGUUGGACGGGUUGGUGGUGCGUGAUGUGCCCGCCUUCCUUCAGGAUGGGUCGCGACUCACGGCCCUGCUCCAAUCCUCCCUGGCAAUGUCGGGGGUCGAGGAGGGCUGCGGCGGGGGGAGAAGAAGAGACACGAGCGGCGCGGUCGGCAGCAGCGCAGGCGGACCGGCAGUGGGCCCUGGCAAGGAUAGCGGGGGCUGGCUACGCUCGCCCGUGGCAGGCAGUGACCGCCCCCUCCUGGAGCACUUUUUGGUCGAGUGCCGCCCGGAGGUUGUGCGGGAGUGGAGGAGGGAGGGCGCAGGAGGUCAGCGCCGAGGAUGCAGGCAGCGCGCCAGCAGCAGCGCAGUAAAUGAAUCUGCGGUGGCCGACGGCGGUGACGGCUGCGCCGCGUUUCCCCUCGCACGCGACGGGCGCUGCGUAGAUCUUCGGGCGUUUUCCUGCCUUCAGUUGGAAUGCCGGCUUCCCUGGCCCAUCUCGGUGGCGCUCCCGCCUCGGUCGAUGGACAAGUACUCGAGGACCCUGGGGCUGCUGCUCAAGCUGGAGUUCACAAACCACGUCCUGGAGGAGGCCCACGUUUUUCACAGCCACGCGCAGCGGGAUCGUUCGAGUUCGGAGGGAGAGCUGGACAAGCGGCACCUGCAGCAUUGCAGGCUCUUCGCGUUCUUGCGAGUUGCGAGAGCGGUGCGAAGCUACGCCUUCACCCAGGCGUUGGUGAAGCCAUGGGCUGCGUUCGAGGCGCGGUUACCCCUGUGCGACUCUCUUCGGAGCUUCGUCCGACUCCACGAGGCCUACCUUGAUCUCAUCCUCGAGAGGUGUUUCUUGCUGCCGCGCACGAGACAAACGCUGGCGUACCUGCUCGACGCCCUGCAGGCUGGCAUCGCCUUCUCCCAGAGAUACGGGGAGUAUGUCAUCCAGCUUGAUGACCGAUCCGGAAGAUCGUCUGACGGGGCAUCGGAGACGAAUAGCGGGUUCACCCAGGGUCCUAGCGCUGUUCGCGGGGAGGAAGAUGGGGGGGGCAACGGGGGCGAGGGGGGGGGCGAGGCGUGCAGGGAGUCUUUGAAGAAGCUGGACGAGCUGUGGGAUGACCUGGUGUCGGCGCUUGGUUUCGUAAUUCCGCUGCUCAAGGAGAUGGUACGUUCCAGGAGCGCCGUCUACGUCAACGAGCUGCUCACGGAGCUCGAGUUCAACCACUUCUUUGAGCGUCAAGAGACGUGGAGGGUGGAGAGAAGAGCCCCCCGUGUCUAG